AUGAGGAUGUCCUCAGAACAUCAACAGAAAAUGGAGAAGAGAGGUUUUCUGUCCACUGGGGCUGUGGAGGUGCGGCCCUCCAUGAACCCUGCAUUGGUCGGGGCCUCCGUGACGCUGUCUCUGUCUCCGCCCAUGGCUCUGAACAGUGGCAGCUGGGCAGUGGGGGGGUCCCUCAUCCUCACCUGGACCGGGGCCCAGCAGGCCAUCUUCCCCAGCCACACGGGCCGGGCCGCGGUGGACGUCCAGACCGGAGCGCUCACCCUGACCUCCGUCACCGUGGCCGACUCGGGACUCUACGCUGUGCAGAGCGCGAACCCCACGCUGCAGGCCAGCGCUUCCCUCUCUGUUUAUGAGCUCAUCUCCAAUGUGACGCUGAAAGCCAAUCGGACCGACCUGAUGGAGUUCAACAGUUCGGCCGUCGUUACCUGCUCCGUCUCCACUGGAUCCUCUCUCUCUUUCCUCUGGCUGAACAGCAGCUCUCAGGUUACAGGAAGUGACAGAGUUCAGAUCACUGAUGGAAACUCCACUUUAACUAUAAUUAAUGUGACGCGCUACGACCAGGGACCCUUCAGCUGCCGUGCGAUCAAUCCUGUCAGUAAUGGCGCCAGUGCUCCAGUAAACUUCACCAUCAACUAUGGUCCGGAUAACAUGGCGCUGACAGUCAAUGGACAGAACACGACUUCCUUUUCCGUCGGAUCCAAUCUGACCCUGCUCUGUUCAGCCCAGUCCGGCCCUGAGGCCCGGCUGCAGUGGGCGUUCGGAGGAGAGACUCUGAACACCACGGGUCCUCUGUUGGAGCUGCUCAGUGUCAGCGAGAAGCAAAGCGGGUCGUACUCCUGUCUGGCCUCGAACCAUCGCACCAACGUGAACAGCAACAUCACCACAAACAUCAUGAUAGCAAAGUCUCCGUCGUCAGGAUCUGAACAACGAGCAGUGGAUGUGGGUCUGCUGUCCCUGCUGCUGUUGGUCGGGGUCCUGUCCUCAUUGCCCGAUGUCGGUGGCUCCUUCAGUCGAUGAAUGACUCUGAUGCAGUGAAAUAAAUCAGAUCCAGUGAACCGUAAAACCAUAAUACAUAAUUUAAAACUAAUUAUAUGUGUCUUUAAUUCUUUUUUUGUAUUCACCAAAGAAAUUAUGAAUACAAUAUUAUUGUUAUAAUCAAAUUUGAUCAAGAUUAGUUAGAUCAAAGUAUUGUAUCUUUGACCUAUUUGUGUGUCAUGUGUACUAAUCAAACAAGGAAAUCUGGCUGAUAAGGAGUACUGAAAACACUUUGCACAACCUCAUACCUCAAAUAAACAAUGACACAUGGGUUGAGUAACUGUACUACCCAGACAAAAAAAAUAUUCCAUUGUACCCAUAAUAAAAAAAUGCCACUGCACGGUUUAA